UUUGAGUACGAGGUAUAACGACAUAGAUUGACAUCGUAUACAUACAAGGCCGAAUGCGUUAGCAUUGAACUGAGCCACGCAAAAUGUUAUCAGCUUCCAAAGCAAAUCAAACCCGAUUCGAGAUUCCAAUUACUUUCCCCUCUGUGCAAUGUUGCGGAAGUUUCAUAAGUAGGCCAGCCAAAGGUAUUAUUAUAAAUCUAAAUCGCGGACAGAGUGGACAUGCGCAACUCAAUCAUAUACGUUCUGCUGUGUGUUCUGGCGGUCAGCGGGACCAACUGCAGAUUGGUGUUUGCAAGGCUAUUCCACGGCCUUAAAUACCCAAGUCAUGAUAGACAGCAAUACUACCCUGGCAACUACGACUUCAGGCGACCGGCGCCAGUACGUCCUCAGAAACCUGUUCGAUCCUACAAGGAUAUCUGUAGGUUGGUUAACCACAACGGGUUCUUAAAUGCAGGAGGAGUUCCCAAGUGUCCUUAUUAAUCGGCCCAGCAUUUCUUACAACAAAACCGAUGU